GAAAGCCAACAGCACGGUGACGGCCACCAGGCAACCGAAGAAAGGCAGCAAGACGUCAGGCGGCGGCUCGGCCAACGGAGACGACGGCGAGGAGUCGUCCCUGCCGAUGUCCUACGACGAGAAGCGCCAGCUGAGUCUGGACAUCAACCGGCUGCCGGGAGAGAAGCUGGGCCGCGUCGUCCACAUCAUCCAGUCCAGAGAGCCGUCGCUGAGGGACUCCAACCCCGACGAGAUCGAGAUCGACUUCGAGACCCUCAAACCCUCCACACUCCGAGAGCUGGAGCGCUACGUCAAGUCCUGCCUGCAGAAGAAGCAGCGGAAGCUACUGCAGAAGGCAGCUGGAGGCGGGGCCUCAGGAGGCGGGGCUAGUCGUUUGAGUGGAAGCUCCUCCUCUUCCUCUGAUGACAGCUCCUCAACAGGAACCUCCUCUUCCUCCGACACAGACUGAACACACCACACACACACACAGUCACACACAUGUUACUGAACACACACACACA